AGCUCAUAUCCAAAUUACUUCCAAAUCUUCUCACUCUCUCUUUGAUCAAAAAUGGAGGCUGAGAAUUUGAUGAAUCUCUCUCUUCUCCAACGUAGAAACGUUUCACGAAACCUAGACUUAGAGCUAGUCUCUGCUGUCAACAAAUCCUCAGAUGAUCCUCUCCCAUAUUACACCUCCCUUAAAGAUCUUCUCCCAUCCUCCUCUACCACCGUCGAUUCCCCUGCCGUCACCUCUGCUGCAUCAGGUCCAACUAUCAGGAUCCGCAACCGCCUUGUAAAGCAAGCCGCGUGUGCUUACCUACAGCCUUCUACUCCAACUCCCUCCUCCAACCCUUCGUUCCUCCGCCGUGUCUCCUCCUCUUUCAUCCGUCUCUUCUCCGCCUUAUUUGAUUCACUCCUCCGCAUGUUCCCAUCUCCUCGGAAAAUCUUUAGAGCUUAGUGAUUGACAUACAACCGAGAGAAUUAUGAAACAAUGAUUGCAUAAUCUCUGAUUUCUUUUUCAUGUAUGAUUCAAUAUAUUUUUUCUUUUAUUUUAAAACAAAUCGUGAAGAUUUUUGAGGUUCACGUUUACAUAAGACGCCUCAGCUUGGAAGUGGCGCGAGACACUCCAUGAUCGAUGCUUUACUCAGUUACCUAGCCUUUUCGCCCGUAUACGUUCGGUUAUUCUAAGGGGAUAUGUUGCCAAGACUUGUCAAACGGACAAAAGAAAGGCGCCACCGAUUUAUUACUUACGUGUAACAUAUUUUUGUUUGUUAUUUAAAGUUGAAAAACAAAAAAAUUGAAAAAGGCUUUAAAGUUAAAAAUAAGUUACGUAAUUUUACUACUUUAUAUUAGAUUAAUGGAUGUUUAGGAAAUCCAGAGAAUG